ACCAAUGCCUAAGAAGAGAUUGCCUUCAAAGAAGGCGGCAUUGAUGACGGGGGGGAAGAAACGGAAUCCCAGCACCACGGCGCCGGAUCCUGCGGCUGGUACACAAAGCUCCUAUACCCGUGAUGGUGCUCCGUCGAUUAACGCGAGCUGUCAUGGGAAUAAGCCUCUGCCCGCUGCUGGAACUAAAACAUCCUUGACUCCGGAAUCUCAAAUAAAACGGAAGCGUGUUCGGAGGAACAGGAAAAACGCGAAAUUAGCGUCGAGCGCUCCAAAUGAAGUGCCCCUGGCAACCUCCUCCCCUAUCCCCUCUUUUGCCGCUACCAUUCUGGGAGCUGGGCCGGUCAGCCCACCCCCGACUUCCUCUGUCAACUCACAGUCUACCUCCUCAAAAUCCAGAAAGAGGAAGAAGAGGCAUCCUGUGAACGCGGGAAUCUCGUCUUCGUCCUCGCACUUGGUUUCCCUUGCCCAUCCUCAAAAUCAUCCGUCGUCAGAGGUAGCCCUGAAAAGGGUGUCUCCAUCGUCAUCUGGCCCAGUUCUUAGUGCCCUUCAAGCGAAAAUGAAAGCCAGGCUGGAAGGAGCGCGCUUUCGCGAUAUCAAUGAGAUGCUGUACACCUCCCGUGGCGACCAUGCCCUUACCACGUUCAAAAACGAGCCCGCUCUCUUUGAAGCGUACCACAAAGGCUUUCGGGAGCAAGUCCAGAAGUGGCCCCGGAACCCCCUAGACGAUAUUAUCGCAUGGGUGCGCAGGCAGCCACGGACGCACACUUUUGCCGAUUUUGGCUGUGGAGAGGCUCGUCUGGCGGCCUCCUGCCCCCACCAUACGGUCCACUCAUUCGACCUGGUAGCUCCUGGGGGGGAGGAGGCAGGGAGGGCGGGGACAGUGAUUGCUUGCGACAUGGCAAACGUCCCACUGCCGUCGGAGAGCGUCCACGGGGUGAUUUUCUGUCUGUCACUCAUGGCUACGAACAUGAUGGAUUCCCUUCGGGAGGCCGUACGCGUGUGCGUG